AUGUCUCAACAAAAUACUCUCAAGCGUUCAUUGUUGACAGCUAAUGGUGGUGCAAAUUCUUUAAUAGAAUGCACAAGUACACCACAUAAGCGACGUCGACAAACCAAUCAAGCGCUGGAAGCAUUAGGUCAACUUAUUAAAGAUCCUUCUAUUGAUAAUGUUGAAAAUAAAUUAAAUAAAAAUGAUAUACUUAGUUUGACGCUAGCUCGCCUUCUUCGGCAUAAAUAUUGGCCUUCAAAUAUAUCUAAUAGAGAUGUUGAAUUAGCAUCUGGUAUUGAAAAUUUUUCUAUAGAAGAUGAUCUUAACGGUUUUAUUCUUGUAUUAAAUACAAGUGGUCGUAUAAUAUUGAUGAGUGAUCAUGCUGAAUAUUAUCUACGUAAAAAUAUUCGAUCACUUUAUUCUCAAAUGACGAGCAUUUAUAAUUGUGUAAGUAAAGAGGAUCAUGAAUCUAUUCGUCACGUUCUUUCAAAAUCAACAAAUAUUGAACAACGAAUUAUUUGUACAUGGUAUUUACCACGUGGAAAACGACCUAGUCGAAAUUAUACUGAAACAAAAACAAUGUUGAUGACAGGUCGUCUUUUUUUUACUAAUGAUGAGGAGGAUAAAGAGCAACAUGAACCCUUAUUUAUUGCACGAUGUGAACAGAUUCUUUCAAGUGCACCAAAUAUUCCAACAAAUAGUAUUGGUUCACCAAGUGCAAAAACACUUCGAUUUGUACUUAAUGAUCAAUUAUAUAUUAAUGAAAUAUCAUCCAAUACUGAAACACUAUUGGGCUAUAAAGCUACAGAAUUAAUUGAUCAAUCAAUCAAUCGUUUUUUAGCUGCUGAACAUAUAAAUAUCUUAGAACAAGCACGAAAGAAUUGCAUGUUAGGUCAACAUAGUGCAAUGAUGAAUGUACUCGAUUUGUUUACUCGUGAUGGUGAUCGUCUCACUUUUCUUUGCAAUACACAUAUGUUAGUUGAAGGUCGACGAAAAGCAAUAAAACUUGGAUUUCUUGCUCAAUUAAUUGACCCAUCAGCAUACAAUGAAUUUGUUCUGUAUGCAAAUAAACAAAAUCUUCAACGAUGCAAUACUGCUAUACAACAAAAAUUAACAGUUACGCCUAAUAUGAAUUCAAAUACUUCAGCAACAACAAAUAUUUUAUCAUCUAAAAAUGAACAAUGUAUGAAUUUAAAUGAAAUUUCAACAGUUCAUCCUGUAACAAUAUUACCACAACGAAGAAAACGUCGACGAACAAGUCAUCCAAUUAUGAAAAAUGAACCAAUUGAUAUUAUUGAUCAAGCUCAACAACCUCCUCAAAUAAAUAAUGAUUUAAGUGAAUCACAUACAAGUUCAUCAGAUAGUUUACCAUCAUCUGCAUCACCGAUACAAGAAAUUGGUUACACACAUGAAUUAUUUCCAUCUUUUGAUAAUAUAGUUGAAUGUGGGAAAUUCAAAUUCAUUGAUGAUUUUCCAUCAAUCGAUGAUAUUAAUGUUGUAUUCGGUAUAAACAAUGAUCAAGAAUUUUGUUUAUUAACUCCAACAAUGUCAUCGUUAAAAUUUUUUUCUUAG